AUGCUGCGGACCCUGCGGCGCUUCUUCUUUGCCAGGAAGAAGAAGAAGAGUCCCCCUGAGAAUACGGUCUCAGCGUCUACGCUUCCGCCGGCCUUUUCGGCCGCCUCCGGCUCGUGCUCGUCGAUUUGGAGCUCCGUCCCGGACGCCCUGGCCCCCAGCGAACCGGUAGAGCAGGGCAAGGCGCGCUACCUAUCGUUCGACAAGUUCAAGGCGCUGCCGCUCGAGUUGCAGCAGAUGAUCCUCGCCCGUCUCACUCCUGUCGAGUGGCUACCAGUUGCCCACAUCCAUCCCCACUUCAAGGCCCUCAUCUUGGCCAUGCCAAAGCGCUACGUAUCCGUCGCCUCGUGGUGUAACGUGGACCCGGAGCUGGACGAGGAGGAAAACUUGGCGAAGAGGUGGUUCGAAGGCGGACGGCAGCCUGGCCCCUACCCCGGCCAGAAGGCUGACCUCUACGCCGAGUUCUAUGGCGGCAAUGUGGAGACGUUCCGCCAAGAAAUGGAACAGCUCGGCGCGCACAGCUACGUGGCAAAUAUUCACCCGGACUGCCGCCUUGAGUCUGCCCUGCUGUUGAUCCGCGAACUGGCAGAUGUGCCACUGAAACGCCUGGACUUGGGCAUCGGCCACUCGACAGCCGAGAUUUGGGCCCUGCGAAACGUCAAAGUCCCGGUGAUGCAAAUCCGUCAUGAAGAGGUUCGGUCGAAGUCGUCGGGCGAGAUUGCGCAGCGCGCCGUCGUCCACCAGGUCUUGCCGGUCAUCCGGCAGAUGUUGGCCGAGAUGAUCAGGCAAUGGAGGGCCGGUGAGCGUGAGAUCGAUGCGAUCGAAUUUUUUCUGGAGGGAAGCUCAAGGCCGGAACUCGGACUGCUAACGGCGAUGGUUCAGUCUCUAACUGUUGGCGAGGAUAGCGUCAAGCUCGGCUCCCACAACACGUUAAUUCGCCGGCGACUAGAU